GGCGCGCGGCGCGGCGAUGCCCAGCUCGCUGUUCGCAGACCUGGAGCGCGGCGGGGGCGGGGAGAGCCCGGACGAGCAGAGCGCCCUGCGGCUGGCGCUGGACCAGCUGUCCCUGCUGGGGCUGGACGACGAGGGCGCCGCGCCCUACGGCGAGCCCCGCAGGCGGAGCGUGAACAUGACCGAGUGCGUGCCGGUGCCCAGUUCCGAGCACGUCGCGGAGAUCGUGGGGAGGCAAGGUUGUAAGAUCAAGGCCCUGCGCGCCAAGACCAACACGUACAUCAAGACGCCGGUGCGCGGCGAGGAGCCGGUGUUUGUGGUGACUGGCCGCAAGGAGGACGUGGCCAUGGCACGGAGGGAGAUCAUCUCGGCGGCAGAGCACUUCUCCAUGAUCCGCGCCUCCCGCCACAAGAGCGCGGCGCUGAGCGGCGGGGCAGCGCCCGGCCCGCCUGCGCUGCCGGGGCAAACCACCAUCCAGGUGCGAGUGCCCUACCGCGUGGUGGGGCUGGUGGUUGGGCCCAAGGGCGCCACGAUCAAGCGCAUCCAGCAGCAGACGCACACCUACAUCGUGACGCCCAGCCGCGACAAGGAGCCCGUGUUCGAGGUCACAGGCAUGCCGGAGAACGUGGACCGCGCGCGCGAGGAGAUCGAGGCGCACAUCGCGCUGCGCACGGGCGGCCUGGUUGAGCUCCCCGACGGCAACGACUUCCAUGCGAACGGCACCGACGUGGGCUUCGACCCGCAUGGCGCCGGCGCAGGCGCACUCUGGAGCAAAGCCUCGCCAGGCCGCAAGCCCUUCGCCAGCUUCCGCAACGACAGCUCCAGCUCCUUGGGCAGCGCCUCCACCGACUCCUACUUUGGGGGCGCAGGGGGCAGCGCGGCCGCCACCCCGCGCCUGGCCGACUUCAGUCCCCCCAGCCCUGCGCUUGGCUUCGCACACAACGGAACCAGCAGCAACGGCAAUGGCUUCACCUUUGCGGGGGAGGCUGCAGCGCCGUCCCCCGAGGGCUCGGAGCCGCCGCCCGCCUUCGACCCCGCGCCUGCCCCGCCGCCUGGCGCGCCUCUGCUCUGGGCGCCCUUCGAGCGCUCCCCUGGCCCGGCCUCCGCCGCCACGGCCUCCACCGCCACGGCCUCCACCACGGCCUCCGCCGCCACGGCCUUUCCCGCCGCGCCCUCAGGUGCCAGCCUGGGCCCAGGCCCGGGCUCACGCCGGCUGCUCCCAGGCAGCUGCCCGCGCCUGUCCCCGCCCCUGCACGCGGCCCCUGGCACGGGAGAGCACCGCCUGGCCCGCCGCGUGCGCAGCGACCCAGGCGGAGGAGGCCUGGCCUUUGCCUACGCCUCGGGGCUCGGGGCGCCCCCGCCGGGCCUGCCGCCCACCGACCCCGCGGGGGACGCGGCGGGGUCCUCCUCGGCCUCCAGCUCCUCGUCCUCGUCCUCCUCGUCCUCCUGCUCCUCCUCCGGCCCGCGGCGCAAGGGCAGCCGCGACUGCGCGGUGUGCCUGGAGAGCGAGGUCAUCGCCGCGCUGGUGCCCUGCGGCCACAACCUCUUCUGCCUGGAGUGCGCGCACCGCAUCUGCCAGCGCAGCGAGCCGCGCUGCCCGGUGUGCCAUGCCGCCGUCACGCAGGCCAUCCGCAUCUUCUCCUGAGGGCCUUGGCCUGCGCUCCUCCUCUCCU